UAAAAAAAAAAAAAUUUGAAGAAGUUGGCACACUCAACACAGUCCCAACUUUUCAAUCCCUUCAUCGCUCUGGAUUCUCUCUCGAUUCAACUCUGGUUAAUCGCUCAUCAAAUUCCACAAGCGUUUCGAUCAUCAAGAUUUCAGCCCAAUCGCGCCUCAUUUCGACAAAUUCGUUCGAUUCAUCAACUGAGCUUUCAAGUUUUUAAGAGAUGGGGGCGCUCCUCAGUAUUCCGAAAACGGAGAAAUCAUCUGAAGAUGGUGAAAACGAUAGAGUUAGGUUUGGUCUAUCAGCCAUGCAAGGAUGGCGUGCCAAUAUGGGGGAUGCUCAUAUGGAGGGCAGUUCACGCUUCAGGAUGCUUUGGACUACCGUUGAUGAUGAUAUCUACUAUCAUAGUUUUGACAAGUUGGGUCUAAAGGAUUGUAAUGAUCAGGAUCUUGUAUUAUCCGGAUUUAAAAGAAAUCCGGAAGGCUUUCCGAUUCAUGUUGGAUUUUUCUGUGUGGGUGAUGCCUUGUUCAUGGUUGGAGGCAUGACGGAAAAGCUGGAACCAACAAAUGGAUUGUGGUCUGCACUGCCACCAUCUGAUGGUUCUCUUAGUGAGUGUUGGACUCUUUGCCCCGCUACUAUGAAGGUAAAGCGAUCUGUCCCCAUUCUUGUCCCGUUGCAUGAUGGCAGGAUAUUCAUCUGCGGUGGCACUAAUGAACGAGAAGGUUGGGCUGAGAUCUACGACCCAAAGAAAGGCGAGUUUGAGGGUAUGAACUUGCCUCGCAUGGAAUAUCCUCGUGCCCCAGUGGAGGAUGACAGGAUAUUCAUCCGCGGGGGCAUUUGUGAAGAAGAAGGUUGGGGUGAGAUCUACAACAAGGGUAAUGGCAAGUUCGAUUGUCCCCAUCCUAUCUCUAUCUUUCAGUGGACCGACCAAGUUGUUAUGUUAUACUAUCACCACAUGCUUUACAGCAAAAGGAAAUAUCACAAACCAUGUCAACCAUCUCUCCUCUCUUACAACAUUGCUGAACAACGAUGGGAAAUUUUUGCGGACAACCUCCCUCCACCAUUAUAUGACCAUGGAAAGAGGAACCUGGUCUAUGUGGGGGGCGACAUUCUAUUCAUUAUCGACUUUGCACGUACUUGGUUCGUCUACGAUCUGUCCUCCAGAAAGGAGGCAGGGGAAGUGUUCGUGAAGGGGAAGCCUACGCGUGAGCAUGUGCCAGUGAAGGCAGCUUUCUAUUCCGGCAACAAAGAUAUUAAAAGUACUAGUUGGGUUGUCUACAUAUUCAUGCCCAUGCUCAAUAACUACUGUGAUCUUGGAUAUGCCAAGGUCAAUGUCGUCCAAGGUUGGGGCGGGGAUUACUUUGCUACAUUUCAAAUGAUGGGUGUCCUGAGAGUCGGUCCCUUUCAUCACAUUUAUAUCUUUGCUGAGAACGACAAGAAAGGGGAAGAGAGUAUCUUGUCUUCUUCCUCUGUAUCACAGAAAAAGGUUCAGCAGGAGGUCGAUUCUGUGGAAAGUUUCUUGCAGUCGCUGGGUCUCGAUAAGUAUUCGAUUACAUUUCAGGCUGAAGAAGUUGAUAUGGAAGCUCUGUUAGAAAUGAGUAAUGAAGAUCUUAAAGCAAUGGGAAUUCCAAUGGGUCCAAGAAAAAAGAUACUUCUGGGAUUGGAGUCGAAGCGUUAUUACUGAGCGGGGCAAGUCCUUUCGGCAUCCUUGGAUGUCAGGGUCGGUCGUGUCAAUUGUUGGUGAACCCUGAUCGGGGGUGGCUUUUCUUUUACAAGUGAAUACAUGUAGCUAUUUUUGGUAAUUCGUAGGAUAGAUUUAAUAAUUCAUUUUACGCUGAAAUGCGUUUCAGGAGAAAUAGUUCAAUGCAAAUUAAAAUCUAUAGAAUUACAUGUACAAAAGAGAUGAUGAGUAACGAAUGUUUGAUGCAAAAUU